AUGGUUUUAUCAAGUCUCCUCAUGAUCAUUCUCUGUUCAUCAAGCACACUAAGCUUGGCUAUUAUUAUUAUUUAUAUUGAUGAUCUUGUUUUAUCUGGAGAUAAUCUAUUUAAAAUUGAAGCUAUUAAAAGGGCUCUUGAUACUGAAUUUAGUAUUAAGGACUUAGGCCGGUUGAAAUACUUUCUUGGAAUGGAAGUUGUUCGUAGUUCCAAAGAAAUUGCUUUGUAUCAACGUAAGUAUACUCUUGAUUUGCUUGAAGAAAAUGGUAUGUUGGAAGCUAAACCUGCUUCAGUUCCUAUGCUGUAUAAUGGGAAACUUUCUAAGGAGAGUGGCACAAGAUUACCAGAUCCAUUACAAUAUAGAAGACUGCUCGGACGACUCCUAUAUCUCACCAAUACUCGUUCGGACAUUGCUUUUGCAGUUGGGAAGCUCAGCCAAUUUUUGGAUUGUGCAACUGAUGACCAUUACAAGGCAGCACUACAUGUUCUUCGAUACAUCAGGAAAUCUCCUUCUAAGGGUCUUUUCUUCUCUUCAAAUAAUGAUCUCAAAUUGACUGGUUAUGUUGAUUCGGAUUGGGCAACUUGUUCCGAUACUCGUCGAUCAAUAACUGGGUAUUGUUUUUUCUGA